AUGGGUGGGAGGAAUGAAACCAAAGUAAUGUAUUUCGUUCUGGUUUUUCCCACCACUGCUGAACUGCAGCUGCUUCUCUUCUCUGCUUUACUUCUGGCUUAUUUAUCAACUGUGUUGGAAAACUUCCUUAUCAUUCUUAUAAUCCGAAAUAAUCACAGUCUGCAAAACCCCAUGUAUUUCUUCCUAGGGAAUCUGUCUUUCUUAGAGAUCUGGUAUGUUUCUGUCAUUGAGCCAAAGAUGCUUAUAGACAUCCUCUCUCAUGACAAAUAUAUCUCAUUCCAGGGGUGCAUAACACAGUUGUAUUUCUUUGUGACUUUCGUUUGUACUGAGUAUAUUCUGUUAGCUGUUAUGGCCUAUGACCGUUUCUUGGCCAUAUGCAAACCUCUCAGAUAUUCACUCAUCAUGAAUCAUCAGUUUUGUGUUCAGUUGAUAGCUGGGUGUUGGAUGUGUGGUUUGACCACUUCUUCUAUCAAGCUGAGCUUUAUAGCCCAGCUCUCGUUCUGUGAUGUAGGUGAAAUCAAUCAUUAUUUCUGUGAUAUUUCACCCUUACUGAAUAUCUCCUGCAGUGAUUCCUCUUUGGCUGAGCUAGUGGACUUAAUCUUGGCUCUGAUGGUCAUCAUGGUACCUCUUUGCACUGUGGUGACCUCCUAUACUUGCAUCAUGUUCACUGUGUUGAAGAUCCCUUCUUCUCAGGGGAGGCAAAAGGCCUUUUCCACCUGCAGCUCCCAUUUGACUGUAGUUUAUCGUUCUACUCUUUUCACUUAUGCCCAUCCUAAGCUCAUGUAUACCUACAGCGCUAACAAGUUGGUAUCAGUCCUGUACACAGUAGUUGUGCCACUCCUGAAUCCUCUUAUAUAUUGUUUUAGAAACAAGGAAGUCUGGUUUGCUCUGGGAAAGACCUUUACUUGCACAAGACACAUCUGA